CGCUCAGACUGCCCUCGUCGCGAUAACCGCAGCGCACGCCGCCGGCCGAACCACGAGAAGCAGAGCCAUCUCUCGCGGCCGUGUGCACUAGGACAACAGUGACGCGGCGCCCGGCAGAGGAGUGGCGCUAGGCAAGAGCUAAAACUUGCCAUGUCUCUCUACUCAUGAGGUGCUUCCAGAACAUGUACUACACGAAAAAGUUUGCUGAAUGGAUCCGACUGACUUUGUUGCUUUGUAUAGCUCUGCAUUGCUGUCUUGUGAAAAUGGAGGACAUCAGCUUCGAACCGAGGAUCCUACUUAACAAAACCUGUGCUUUUACCUCUUGUCGCAGUGCGAGACAAGAAUCACCUAAUGACAUGGAUUUAGAUACAUUUCUUACUGCCAGGUGUUACUGUGACGCUGAUUGCAAGAAAUUCCAAGACUGCUGCUAUGAUAUAUCCAAAACAUCUUACUACGCUUAUGAUCAAACUUCACUUCAUUGGAGCUGUUCACAUAUACCUUCGCAGGCAAAGGAUGUAUAUAUGAUAAAUUCAUGCCCACAUCAUCAUACGCAGUUCUCAAAUUUAUGUUCAGGAACUGCAGAACCAUAUGAUUACAAACAAGAUAUUCCAGUUCUAAGUCACCACACAGGUUUGUGGUACCAAAAUUUCUUCUGUGCUUUGUGUCACGAAGAGCAGGACAACUUGGUGCCAGUGACACUUCACUUUGAAUGUACCAGAAAUCUGACAUCAGACCAGGUGCUACAGAAUGGUACCUACCAACCACAUGCUUUGUCGUGGACUCUUGGCCAAGAUGAGUGUAAACUGAAAGUUGGGGCAGACUAUUCAAACACAUCACUGGAUAAUGUAGUCAUGCGAAGAUGUUUGCCUCAUGUAAGCACUUGUGCCCAUGACUGGACAAAUGAAACAGUGGAAAAUCUUUGCUAUUCCUAUACACACUUUGUUUAUGGAAGAGUAAAUGGAGCAAAAAAGAUCUACAAGAAUCCGCACUGCGCAUUGUGCAACCAUGCCAAAAUGAAAAGUCUGCACUGCUGGUCGGAUGACGGCGUGAUUGGGAGACAGAAGCCCGAGUUAUCAUUGAUCACAUUGCUGAAUCUCUACUGGAGUAUUGGCGACAAAAACUGCCGUCCACCUACGCAUAUCUACGACCCACUGCAUGAAGUAUGUCAGCCUAUAGCUGAUUCUUGUCCUGAAAACACAAUUUAUGACAAUGGUAUAUGCGUUGGAAAACAAACGAACGGAACCAACUCUACUCUGGGAUCAACAGAUCUUAAAACAUCAUGUGCAGUUAUAAGUCUUCGCAGCGAAGAAUUUAUCGUUCUCAAUAACUCUAUCCAGUUGGCCCUAAAGACUUCCCAUCAGGUGAUACCAGAAGGUCAAUACGAACUCACUGAGAAUGGAGACGCCAAAAUUAUCUGCUAUUAUGAGUUCAGACUCAUAGUUGAGCUUGAGUAA